AUGGCUUUCUUGGCACUGCUCUUCAUCGGAACCGCUUCCACUGCGGUCGCCGAUUCCCUGGUGGCCUAUGACUUCGCCGGCCGCGGCAGCGCGGACGCCGUGGCCGGGCUGCUGGCACGCGUGCUGCAGCAGUCGGAGGCUGAGAUUUGGUCCUCCUUCGACCUGCAGCUGGCACCCCGCUGCCGUAGGGCCAAGCCGCCCACAGCCAAAACGGAGCUUUGCUUCGACCUGGAGUCGGCAGGCGGAAAGGUCAAGGUCUCCGCAACGAGCGGCAUCGACUUGGCCUACGGUGCGGCCUGGUAUUUGCGGAGCUACUGCAACAUGUCCUUCUCCUGGAACCGCACCGGUGGGCACCAGGUGAUGGUUCCUUCCCAGUGGCCCUCGGUGACAGAGCCAAUCACACGCUACCGGACUGUGCCUAUCAGCUACUUCAACAAUGUGGUGACCUUCAGCUACAGCUACGCCUGGUAUGACUUUGAGCAAUGGGAGGCUUGGUUGGACUGGGCUGCCUUGAAUGGCAUCAACGUGGUGUUGGCCUAUACCGGGCAGGAGGAGACGGGUCUGACCUCUUGUGCUUUCUCCACAUGCCAGACAUGGGAGAUAUACCGGAAGACCUUUAACAGCUUCGGCGUCACGGAUGACCAAUUUGCUGCCUGGAGCAACGGUGUGGCGUGGCUUGCUUGGAGCCGAGGGCAAUCUAUGCAUGGCAUUGGGAACGACUGUGGAGAUGCCUGCAUGCCACUGCCCUUGUCGUGGAUGAGGAGCCAAUGGCAGCUUCAGAAGCAGAUCUUGGAGCGCAGCAGGAGUUUGGGCAUGGUCAGUGUGCUGCCGACCUUCCAAGGGAACCUGCCACCGGUCUUCCGGCAACUGCAGCCACGGGCGAACAUCAGCAAGACGGGACCCGCUUGGUUGGAUGCCUUGGAUCCGCUGUUUGCUGAAAUCCAGAAGAGAUACAUGGAGACCAUGAUUGGUGAUUGGGGCACAGAUCACUGGUAUGAAACCGAUGGAUAUUUCGAUCAGCAGCAGGGCCCCUGGAAGGCCCAAGCUUUGACCACUGAAGCUUCAGCCUGGAGGAGUCCAGAGGAUGUGCCUGUCGAUCCACACGCCUUCGCGCAUGCGGCCGCGGCUUAUAAAUCCAUGAACGCCACUGAUCCCAAAGCAGUAUGGCUGUGUCAAGGGUGGAUCUGGCGUGGUUGGGGGGCAGACAAGCUUCCCUUCAUGAAGGGUUUUGUGUCUGCAGUGCCUCCGAAGCACUUCGUGAUGCUGGAUAUGUUUGAUGAAGCCGACCCGGAAUGGGACAAGUUCGAGGAUUUUGGCUAUUUUGGCACCCCGUUCAUUUGGUCUGUUCUGCACAAUUUUGGCGGCAACACCGGCAUGUGGGGCAGCCUGCCUACCUUGAACUCUGCUCCCUUUGCGGCCUUUAAUCGAACAGCCAAUGUGGCGGGUACAGGAGCUGCGCCUGAAGGUAUUGAUCAGAAUCCCUUCUAUUACAGUUUCCUGACCGAUUUGUCCUGGCUGCAAGCACCAGUGAACUUGAGCUCCUGGACAGAUGCCUGGACUCUUCAGCGUUAUGGCAGGAGUAGUCCAGCGGCGCAGAAGGCCUUUGGCCUUCUACUGCAGUCUGUCUAUAGCAACGAAACCAACCAGCGAGCCAUCCACUCCCUCGGUGGUUUUCAGGCGGAGAAGAAUUCCGACGGCCUCACUGGUAUGCCGCUGGGCGGCUCGUACGAGACUCCACACCCCAGCUGGUAUGACCUCUCGGUGGCCAUCGACGCCUGGAAGGCUUUGAUCGCGGCGGCCGAAGCCAUGCCACGCAUCCCCGAGACCCUGCGCUACGACCUGGUGAACCUCGGCCGUGAGGUGCUAAGCAAGAUAUCCAACGAAUUCUUCUCCAAGUUGGCGUCUGCGACCACGGCGGGUGCAGUCAAAGCAGCUGGAUCGGAGAUGUUGAACUUGCUCUUGGAUGUGGAUAGACUCCUUUGUAGCUCGGGUGCUUUCCUGGCCUCCACAUGGAUUGCCAACAGCGUGCGCUGGGCUGAUGGCAAUGCCACGCUGGAGAGGUAUUUCGAGAUGGCUGCAAGGAGCCAGACCACGGUGUGGACGCCACAAACUCCAGGCUCCACCACCUUAACCAGCCUUUGUGACUAUGCCAACAAGCAGUGGGCUGGUCAGGUGGGUGGCUUCUACCGAUUGCGCUACGAAUGCUACAUCGUGCAGGCACUGGACGACUUCUCGCAUGGUCGUGCACUGAACAAGACCCAGUUCGAGGCGUGCGUGGCAGCGGCAAGCUACGACUGGACACAUGACCUUGGAGCGAAGAAGUAUCCCAUGCAUGACGAGGCCGGUUUGUUGCCCUUAAGAAAUGCAUUUGACUGGACAUGGUUCCUAUAUGCUGCCUUCUCGUUGACGGGGCAAGCAGGGAUGAUCCACAUGGCCCGAAGGUUGGACUCGACAGAGGUGGGCCGCCGGAGAAAAGGUGCCUUUCCUUACGCCCUCCAAGGCGAGAAUCGCCUGGCCAUGGCAGGUCGGCGCAUGCCUUUGGCACCGGCUGCCUUACGUGGGCUGCGCGGGAUUGUGAUUGGGACAGGCAGCGCGAAUUCCGGUGCACGGCGCCCCAUCUGGGAGUUCUGGAACAAUCGCUGGCUUCGGAGGGCACUGCGCGCUUCGCGCAUUGGGGCGCUCUCAGUGUCCAUCUUCGGCGUGGGCUACACCACCGGCGUCUCGGACGUCUUGGCCGAUCCACAGGACUUCCGCCAGAAGAAGGCGACGUCCUUGCUGAAAUCGAUGAACGCCACCGACGCGGAGGGUCACGUGAGGCUUUGUGAGGAUCAUUCGGAGGAGGUGAAGGCCGUGAAGCGGGUGCUUCCGCGCUUGCUGCGCGCCGCCCGGGCCCAGGUGGAUGCCUUGGCAGAAGAGAUUUUUCAAGCCAUCCAACAAGGCGAAGCCACACGCAGCCAAGAGAAGGACUUGGAGACCUUGCAACGGGCGCAGAAGCGUUUGCAGGGGUGGUCGGACCAUGGAUUCCUGGUGGUGGACGUGAACACUCCCAACGCCUUCGUCACUCCGAUGUUGCCGCGGAUGGUCUUCGUGCACCGGGGCAUCUUCUGGGUCGAUGGCUUAGCGCGACCAGAGGGGCUGCAGGUGGGGAAGGAAGUCUAUGUCCGUCGUGAUGGCUGGCAGCGGGCGAAGCUGGUCUCCCAGCACCAGGAUCAAUGGGCCGCCAUCUUGGGCGAUUCCGAGACGGUCACCGUUGGGCCCGAGGAUAUGAGAGUUCGCGAGCGGAGGCAAUUGGUGGAGAACGAUGAACAGUUGGCGAUGCUUUUGGGUCACGAGCUGGCACAUGCGGUCCACGACCACGGCUACGAGAGCUUGGGGAUUUGGACCACGGCCUACUCGUUGGAGUUGGUGUUGCUGAGUAUCCUGGACCCAUCGGGGAUGUUCAUCUUCUUGCUGGAGCUGGCAGCGGGCGCCAUCGCCAGGUAUGCCUUUGUGCUGCCUUUGGGUCGCUGCGAUGAAAUGGAGGCGGACGCCACUGGACUGCAGAUCUGUGCACGUGCGGGCUACGACCCGCGCUUGGCCACCGAGUUCAUGGAACGCUUCGCCUCGUUCCAGGAUGACCGGAGCCCCACCUGGGCUUCCACGCAUCCGUCCACCGAGGGAAGAAUCAAAGCACUCAAAGAUGCAGAAGCCGAUGCGAUCAAGUGCUUUCAAGAGCACCAGGCCGCUCGCCGCUGGCUGUGA